GGUGAGAGCACGAUUAGGAGCUUGACGCACUGACCGGGUCAAGUCUUGCCAAACUUAAUCGACACUAGGAUCCUGCGUUUCUUUGUGUCUUUCAACCAUGGAGCAGAAAGUAGCUCGGGAAUUUAGGCACAAGGUGGAGCUGCUGAUUGAAAAUGAUGCAGAGAAGGAUUACCUGUACGAUGUCCUCCGCAUGUAUCACCAGUCGAUGGAUCUGCCCGUCCUCGUGGGAGACCUGAAGCUGGUAAUCAACGAACCGAAGCGCCUGCCCCUUUUUGAUGCCAUCCGACCUCUGAUCCCGGCCAAACACCAGGUGGAGUACGACCUGCUCACCCCCAAGAAGUCACGGAAGCUGAAAGAGGUGCGUUUGGAUCGGACGCACCGUGACGGCCUGGGCCUGAGCGUCCGUGGAGGGCUGGAGUUUGGCUGCGGUCUUUACAUAUCACAGAUCAUCAAAGACGGACAGGCUCAUAACGUCGGCCUUCAGGUCGGGGAUGAGAUCGUGCGCAUCAACGGAUACUCCAUCUCCUCCUGCAUCCACGAGGAGGUCAUCAGCCUCAUCAAGGCGAAGAAGAUCGUGUCGCUCAAAGUUCGGCAUGUGGGCAUGAUCCCAGUGAAAAGCUCCUCAGAUGAACCCCUCAAGUGGCAGUUUGUCGACCAGUUUGCGUCGGAGUCGGGGGAGAAAAAAAGCAGCGUGGCAGGCCUGGCAUCCAUGGGAGGGAAGGAGAUCAAGGAGAAGAAGGUUUUCCUCAGUCUUGUGGGUACUAAGGGUAUGGGCAUCAGCAUCUCCAGUGGACCCACCCAGAAACCUGGUAUCUACAUCAGCAAUGUCAAACCAGGCUCCAUUGCUGCAGAAGUUGCACUUGAGAUCGGGGACCAGAUUGUGGAGGUGAAUGGAGUGGAUUUCACCAAUGUGGACCACAGAGAGGCUGUGAAAGCCCUGAAGAGCAGCAGGAGUCUGACAAUUACCGUUUUGACAGGAGCUGGCAGCGAGCUGUUUAUGACGGAUGAGGAGCGAAUGGCAAUGGAGUCCCGCAGGGAGCUGGAGAGGCAGGAGCUGAUGCACCAGAAGAAGGUGGCACUGGAGACCAACAAAAUCAUUAAAGAGCAGCAGGAGAAGGAGAGACAGAGAAAGAUGGAGAUCUCACAGAAAACUGCAGAGGAAGAGGAGCGCUACAAAAAGGAGAUGGAGAAUAUUGAAGCUGUAGAGACCAAACACAGCAGAGAGUGGGAGGAGGACUGGGGAGGCAAAGACAGACCCAAGAGCCCCAAGAGCCCCAAGAGCCCCCGCACUCGAAGGAGCCCGUCGCCCGCCCCACCUGAGAUGAAGAGUUCAAAGGCUAAAAGUUCUCCUGACAAGGACAAGGAAGACAAGGUUGAUGGACAGGACGAACAAGGAUUUCAGAAAUAUGAGGAUGAGUUUGAUCCCCACUCCAUGUUCUCAGCGGAGCAGAUAGCCGGCCGAGAUGUGAGACUACUGAGAAUCAAAAAGUUUGGACAGCUUGACCUGGCUCUGGAGGGCGGAGCAGACUCUCCUCUGGGAAAGCUGGUGAUAUCUGCGGUGUAUGAAGGUGGCGCUGCGGAUAAGCACGGUGGGAUCGUCCCCGGAGAUGAACUCAUGGCUGUGAACGGGAAGAUCCUGAUUGAUGCUUCAUUGACCGAAGGACAGAACUCCCUGGCUCGAGCCUGGAACAGCGGAGGGGACUGGAUCGACGUUGUGAUUGCUGUGUCGCCCCCGAAAGAGUAUGAAGAUGAAGUGACGUUCUUCUAGUCUCACCAACAGCCUGCCAACAAUAACAAUACGGAUCAAGAAGAAGCUUUUUAUUCUUAAAUUAUUUAGAACAUUCACACACAUUCUUUUGUAAAUGAACUCAAGAUUAUCUUUUCGUUUUUUUUUUUGAGAUUUAAUCCUCCUGUCAUGUAAUCCGCUAUUGACACCUCGGAAUCAACAUCCAUUCCCACUGUCUCGUCGGGUUUACGGAGUCGAUAUUAACUUGUCUCCAGUAAAUCCUCUUCACCUCUGGCAAAGCUUGACCUCAUUCAGACACGCGUGGUCAUAAUCUGACUUUCUGAAGCCUAAUAAAGGACUUUUUGAGAGAAAAUAAA